UGGCAAUCUGUUUUUAUUUACAUUUGUUGCUUAUCGCCCGCAAAUUAAUUCGAGAGUUUGAAUCAUGAAUCUCCAUCGCGUUAACACAUCAUUAAAAGUGUUUUAUAAACAUAUACAGAAAUCAAAUGGAAAUUUUGGCACAUUUCGCCAGAAACAUAACGAUGUAGUCAUUGCUUCUGCUAUCAGAACACCUAUUGGAUCUUUCCGCAGCUCUUUGGCUCCUUUGACAGCACCUAAGCUAGGGGCAGUUGCUAUACAAGGUGCUGUAAAUGCAGCAGGCAUUCCCAAAGAAGCUGUUCAGGAAGUUUAUAUGGGACAAGUUUUACAAGCUGGAGCAGGACAAGCUCCUGCAAGACAAGCUGCUCUUGGAGCUGGCCUUCAAAUUUCAACACCCUGUACCACUGUUAACAAAGUAUGUGCAUCUGGAAUGAAGUCUGUAAUGCUUGCUACUCAGAGUCUUAUGUUAGGACAUCAGAAUGUAAUGGUAGCAGGUGGUAUGGAAAGUAUGUCUAAUACCCCUUAUUAUUUAGCACGAGGGGAGACUCCAUAUGGUGGUGUAAAUCUCUUGGUCAGUUAUUUCUAUAGUACUUUUUGCUUUUGUAACUUUCUAAAUUUUGAUGAUUAUUUAAUUAUUUCAUUUUCGUAGCAUUACAUAUUGAUA